UUACUCCGUUCAUAUAAAAAAAAGCUAUAAAAUUAUUACUUAAAUUAAAAAAAAAAAUCCCUUAAACUUUCACCUUUCUUCUAUCAAAGUAGUCCCAAACCAAGAGUUGAAGAGGUAACUAUGGCGAACCCAGAAGCAAAGCUCGAAACUUUCUUGCAGUGGCUCCAGGCAAAUAGGGUGGAGCUACGAGGUUGCAAUAUCAAGUACUGUGAUUCCAGAAAAGGGUUCGGCAUCUUUUCUGAUAAAGAUGUUUCUGAUGGGAUUAUGUUGGUUGUUCCACUAGAGUUAGCAAUUACUCCCAUGAGGGUGUUGCAAGAUCCUUUUCUAGGACCAGAAUGUAGAGCAUUGUUUGAAGAAGGAGAUGUAGAUGACAGGUUCUUAAUGAUGCUGUUUUUGACCGUGGAGCGUUUGCGUAAGGGUUCUCUAUGGAAGCCGUACCUUGAUAUGCUGCCAACCACUUUCGGAAAUACACUUUGGUUUAGUGAAGAAGAACUUCAAGAGCUGAGAGGAACUAACUUGUAUCGUGCAACUGAGUUACAGAAGAAAAGCCUGUUGAAUUUAUAUGAAACUAAAGUGAAGGAUUUAGCGAAGAAACUUUUGAAUCUUGACGGAGAUUCUGAGAUUGAGGUGUGCUUUGAAGAUUUCCUGUGGGCAAAUUCAGUUUUUUGGAGCCGUGCUUUGAAUAUUCCAAUGCCUCGUUCUUAUGUAUUUCCUGAGAUGCAAGAUGUUCAUCAAAGUGGCACUCCAGAAGCUGAUAAAAAGGGUUAUUCAAUCUCUCUCAUUGAGGUUACACAAUCGGAUGAUCUAACCAAGGAAACGACACAUAGCACAGUGCAUGGAGACACCGUUUGGGUUGAGGGUCUUGUCCCUGGUAUUGACUUUUGCAACCAUGAUUUGAAGCCAAUAGCAACAUGGGAAGUUGAUGGAAUUGGCUUAACAACAGGAGUUCCAGUCUCGAUGUAUCUUCUUUCCGCUGCUCAAAGUCCCUUGCAGAUUGAUCGAGAAAUUUCCAUUAGUUAUGGCAACAAGGGAAAUGAGGAACUUCUAUAUCUGUAUGGCUUUGUCAUUGAUGGUAACACAGAUGACUACCUCAUGGUCCAUUAUCCCACAGAAGCAAUAAAUACUAUUUCUUUUUCCGAGUCUAAAAGCCAGCUUCUUGAAGUGCAGAAAGCUGAAAUGAGAUGUCUUUUACCGAAAACUCUACUGGAUAAUGGAUUUUUUCCAUUAGGCACCAAAAACAGCGGGGUAAAUAACCAGUGCAACCAAGUUUGCAACUAUAGUUGGAGUGGUCAGCGCAAGAUUCCAUCUUAUGUAAACAAACUCGUUUUUCCUGAGAAAUUUAUGGCUACCUUAAGGACCAUAGCCAUGCAAGAGGACGAGCUUUUCAAGGUUUCCUCAAUGCUAGAAGAGCUUGUUGGACCUGAAGGGGAAAGACAGUUAUCAGAUACAGAUGUCCAAUCUGCAAUAUGGGAAGUUUGUGGUGAUUCCGGAGCUUUACAAGUCCUAGUCGAUCUUCUUCAUGUCAAGUUAAUGGAUCUUGAAGAGCAUUCUGGAACCGAGGAAAGUGACGUUGAAUUGCUCAAGAAAGCCCUUAUCAUUGAUAGCCCGGAAGAUAGCAAACAAACGGGAAAUGACUCGGAGGGAACAAAGAUGAUGACUAGAAACAAAUGGUCUGCUAUUGUAUAUAGGCGAGGUCAAAAGCAGCUAACUCGAUUAUUCUUGAAUGAAGCAGAACAUGCUCUGCAGUUAUCAAUGAAUGAAGAGAUGAGCGUUCCUUGAUAACCAUGUAAUCCCCUUUUACCUGAUCAUUAAUCCAAGUUAGGUUUUACUCUGUCAUUUUUGUUGUUAGCCUUGAUCAAUUUUAUAGUUUAGAUUAUUAUUGGAAGGGUUAUGUAGCUUCAUUCUUUAGUGUGGAAAGUUGAUUCUAAAAACUUUUGUCUGUAUGUGUUCAAGUUUGACUAGUAAUAAAUAAUAUAGGUGUCAUA